UUUGUUGAUUUCGAGUCAACAACUGUCACUCAACAAAAAAUCAGGUUUUCUGAACUUGACCAAAACCCACACAAAUUUUCGAAGAAAAUGGCCAACAAACCGAAACGCCUGCUGGAAAAGUACGACCUCCUGCUGGAACAUCUGGACUUUGGCUACAUCGGGCGCUGCUCGGACGGCGUCGAACUGGAGCGCAUCGUGAAGGUGCUCCGUUCCGGCGAGGAGGGCUUCUUCCCCCAGCUGACGGAGUUUGCCGAGCAGCAGCUGCGGCGGGUUAAACCGGGCAGUAAGCUGUUCCGGCGGGACACUCCGCUGGUGACGAGGGAUAGUGUGGCCGGGUCGAGGUGGGAGGAGCACUGCCGGGAGAUGGAAAAUUGGGAGGAGUCGAUGAGGAGCUUGAGGAAGGACAUGCUGGAGGGGAGCAGGGUGGUUGUGGACGAUGGGGAGGAUCUGUUGCCACCGGUGAGGAGUGUUCCGACGGAGAGUUUCGGGGGAAGUUCGGGUAGUUCCGGAGGGAAGCAGAGGAUCAAGUCUUGUGAUUACGAGAGUUGGAGUCGGUACGAUCCGGAUACGGAGAUUCUCAAGAUGGAUUUGGAAGAGGAACGGUACAAAGAUUUUGUGAAGGAGCAAAAUGAGAAGAAUUCCAAGAAGGCGAUCAUUGAGGAACUUCCGCCGGAUGGGACCAAGAACCUGACCGAGAGUGAGCGGAAGGUUUUGGCAACUAAGUUUAAAGAGAAGGGAAAUGAUCACUUCCGGGCUAAAGAGUACGAACUGGCACUGGCAGAGUACGGGAAUAGUGUCAAAAUGUGGCCGACGGCAGCGGGGUUCAACAAUCGGGCCAUGGCACAUAUCAAACUGUUUCACUUCAAAGAUGCCAUUGCGGACUGUGACGAAUGUUUGAAGUUUGAACCAGAGAAUAUCAAGGCACUUCUCAGAAAGGGACAGGCCUUAUGUUCUGAUGACAAGCGGCGGGAGGCUUACCAAAUCUACUCCCAGGUGCUUCUCCUGGACCCGUCCAACAAACUCGCUCUGAACGCCAUCGCCGAUCUGCGCCGCCAGCUGCCGGACCUUCCCCCGCCAAACUCGUUCCAGCUGCCGAUCGAGGAGGUUGGCGGUUGUUGCAGCUCGGACGACUUUGCCGACCUCAUCAAGCCGAAAAAGCUGGUCAAGGACAAACUUCCGGACGCGGUCAAGGCGCUCCAGACGGAGACGGCGCGGAUCGUGAGGAACUCGUCGAAACAGGACCAGCAGGGCAGUUCGAAGAAGGUUCUGAUUGAGGAACUUUGAAGGGGGUCAAUUUUGUUUGAGUUAAUUAUAAUCAGCAGACACAGUAUAAUGUAUAAAAUUAUGAUAACGGGGAUGCUAAAUAGUUACACAUUUGACGCAGCAUA